GCAGGGGAUUGAAAACCUUUUAACAUUUGUCUGCAGUCUAACUGCUUUCUCUAUAUACCUGAUAAGUCUUACAGUGACGUCUUCAGAUCCGGAAUAUUUUACACUAAUAGGUAAAAGGUAAAAUAGAGAAUGUGUGAAAGGGAAUAUUUUUUUGUCCAUCAAUGAUUUGCGUUGUCAAAAUAUAACUGAAAUAGGCCUAUAAGAAAACGUUAAAUCUCGCAGGGUAUUGAAUUUGACUAGUUUCAGUAAAAACAAUGAGAAUUGUACAGGAAUUGCUAGCUAGCAUUAAGAAUGUCUCAUGAUGCUAGAAUUAGCUUCUUCUGUUUCUUGGUAAUAGAUCCCUUUAGUAGAGAGUCACGAAGAGUUUUUCCUUUGAAGCUGCCAACAAAAUUGAUGGGAACAUAGUAUUCUUGUCUGUUGAUUAGUCUUGGAAGUUUUUCUCUGUCUUGAUCUAACUUCUAAUUGGAUGCAUUGAACAGAAAUUUCAAAGUUGCAGAAUUGGUGCAGAAAAAAACUUAUCCAGUUGAAACUUGCUUCAGAAUAGUAUCAACUUUUUCGGUACUCUAAACAAGUGAGCAUGGCUUUGGCAAGGAUAGCAAGAAAUGCUUACAGGCGACAUGGAGGUGCCAUGGGCACUUACACUUGUGAGAGGGAUGUGCUGCGCGAGGGAGCAUCUGCACACAGAUGUCAUUCAUCUUUCGGUGGAAAUAUCACAACCUUCAAUCAGAAUGUUAUAGCAGGCGGCAAGCUCUCAUUCCUCUCACGCAUUAGAACCUUGGGUGGUAUGAAUUUUGGAAGCAGGGGAAUUAGAACAGCCCCUCAAUGCCAAUUUGCUCAUGCACAAACAGCAAUGGUGGAAUCUGAUUUGGAAUAUGAAAAUCCCAAAUUUCCUACCCUAGAAGCCACAAAACCCGGUGAAAAGCCUCGAGUGGUUGUCCUUGGCAGUGGAUGGGCAGCAUGUAGAUUCCUCAAGGGGCUUGACACCAGUUUAUAUGAUGUUGUUUGCAUAUCACCAAGGAAUCAUAUGGUCUUCACUCCUUUGCUUGCCUCAACUUGUGUUGGAACUUUGGAGUUCCGUUCAGUAGCAGAACCAGUCAGUCAGAUACAGAGCGCAUUAGCCAAGGAACCCAAUUCUUAUUUUUUCCUCGCAUCUUGCACUGGCAUUGACACAGACAAGCAUGAAGUGUACUGCGAGGCAGUUGGUGAUGGCAGACUUUCUCAAGAACCUUACCAUUUUAAAGUUUCAUAUGACAAGCUGGUGAUAGCUUCUGGAGCUGAACCACUGACCUUUGGCAUAAAGGGGGUGAAGGAACAUGCCUUUUUUCUGCGCGAGGUGACUCAUGCCCAAGAAAUACGGAAAAGGCUUCUCCUAAACCUGAUGCUCUGUGAAAGUCCAGGCAUCUCAGAAGAAGAAAAGGAACAGCUGCUGCAUUGCGUAGUAGUUGGUGGUGGACCUACUGGGGUGGAAUUCAGUGGAGAACUGAGUGAUUUUAUCAUGAGAGAUGUCCGUCAGCGGUAUGUACAUGUAAAAAACUACAUCCGUGUCACCCUCAUUGAGGCAAAUGAGAUUUUGUCAUCGUUUGAUGUUGGAUUAAGACAGUAUGCGACAAAGCACUUGACAAAGUAUGGAGUCCGGCUUGUACGAGGUGUCGUCAAGGAAGUUCAUCCAAAUAAGCUAGUUCUUAGCGAUGGAAGUGAUGUACCUUACGGCCUUCUUGUUUGGUCCACUGGUGUUGGUCCUUCUACGUUUGUGAGAUCACUCGAUCUCCCCAAGUCCCCUGGUGGAAGGAUCGGUAUUGAUGAAUGGCUACGAGUUCCAUCCGUGGAAGAUGUAUUUGCCAUUGGGGACUGUGCUGGCUUUCUUGAACACGUAGGGAGGCCAGUGCUUCCAGCUCUAGCUCAGGUUGCAGAACGCGAGGGGAAGUUUCUUGUCGAGUUGUUUACCAGAAUUGGGAAACAGGACGGCGGCAGGGCUUUCUCUGCGAAAGAUAUUCCCCUAGGCGACCCAUUUGUCUACAAGCAUCUCGGAAGCAUGGCCUCUGUGGGCCGCUACAAGGCUCUGGUUGAUCUACGCCAGUCCAAGGAUGCAAAAGGUUUAUCAUUAGCUGGAUUCAUAAGCUGGUUUAUCUGGCGCUCCGCGUACCUGACGCGAGUAAUCAGCUGGAGAAAUAGAUUUUAUGUUGCUGUAAACUGGGCAACAACGCUCGUCUUCGGCAGGGACAAUUCCAGGAUUGGGUGAAGCAAACCUUCAAAUUAUGCAACCCAACCAAUCUCUUACUUCAAUACAGCGUCGUGCUAUUAUUAUUCCAUUGGAGAAAACUCAAAAUUGCCUCUUACCUUUCUUUUUUACUCAUUUGUUAUAGAAGCAUAUGGGCAUGCACAAAACCUGUUUCGCAAGCCAGAGGAGCAACAGUCUGGGAUUUGAAUAUGAUACUCUUACCAUCAUAAUUAGCCUUUGCGAAUAAUGAAAAUGUUGAUAAUGCGGAUUCGCUUU